AUGAGCUUUAAGCGCAGUGGGGGACUUCUUCCCCGCAACUUCCGACCUUGUCUACCCCAGACUCACCUCCGCAUUCGCUCCACUCUACCGCCGCUACUGUCUCGGAGAUUCCAUGCCAGCUCUUUGCUAUGGGGGAUCAAAUCACAAGUCUUAAAAGAUGUUGGCGAAGGCAUCACCGAAGUUCAGAUCAUCCAAUGGUACGUGGAGGAAGGGGCUCAUAUUGAGGAAUGGAAGCCUUUAUGCCAAUAUCAGUCUGACAAGGCUGUUGAUGAUAUUACUUCGAGAUAUGAGGGUAUCAUUAAAAAGCUCCAUUUCGAGACGGAUGAUACAGUACCUACUGGAAGGGCACUGUGCGAUAUUGAAGUCGAAGAUGGCAAAUACCCCGAUGAUAGCCCGCCGCAUGAACCAAGGGCAGAACCAGCUGAACCCACUCCAUCCGCCCAGGUAGCAGCCGCAACCCAAGCAGCAGAGUCCUCCAUGGCAUCUCCUCCCCCGCUUGCCAGUACCACUGAGGAAAUACCCAAGUCCAAGAAUGCAUCCCUUGCAGUUCCCGCAGUGCGCGGGCUCCUUAAGAACCAUGGCGUUGACAUCCUAGACGUCAACGGCUCAGGAAAAGACGGACGGGUGAUGAAAGAGGAUGUCUUAAAGUUCGUCGCAGAGAGGGAUUCUCCAGUAACGGCAACGGUACCCGUGCAGUCCGUGUCACCAGACACCCGGCAAAUGGAGUCAACUGUCAGCCUGUCCCCGAUCCAAUCACAGAUGUUUAAGACAAUGACCAAAUCCCUGAACACCCCGCACUUCCUCUACGCAGACGAAGUCAAAGUCAACGACAUCACAUCUAUCCGCAAGAAGCUCGCCAGCGACAAGCGCGAUCCUACAAAAAUCACCUUCCUUCCCUUCAUCGUCAAAGCUGUCUCUCAAGCCCUGACUGAAUUCCCAAUCCUGAAUGCGAGAGUCGAUACAAGCGACCCCAGCAAGCCCAAGCUGAUCAUGCGAGCCAAGCACAAUAUCGGUAUUGCCAUGGAUACGCCGAACGGGCUCAUUGUGCCGAAUAUCAAGGACGUCGCGACUCGCUCGAUCUACGAUAUCGCCGCUGAGAUCACGAGACUCAGUGCUCUUGGCAAGAGCGGAAAGUUGACUCCCGCUGAUCUCAGUGGGGGGACGAUUACUGUCUCCAAUAUUGGUAACAUCGGAGGCACCUAUGUGGCGCCGGUGAUUGUGCCGACGGAAGUGGCUAUUCUCGGUGUGGGUCGGUCGAGGACCGUGCCGGUCUUUGAUGAGGCUGGCCAGGUCACACGUGGGGACAUGGUUAACUUCAGCUGGAGUGCGGACCAUCGUGUUAUUGAUGGGGCGACUAUGGCGAGGAUGGGCAAUAGAGUCAGGGACUUGAUUGAGUCACCUGAACUGAUGCUUUUGAACCUACGCUGA